AUACAUUAAUAACAGAGAUAAUAUUCCGAUUUAAUUUGUUUUUGAGUACAGAUUUAGAAUUUUGGCAACUAUAUUUACAAUAAUAGGAAUCCUUAAUAAUGCUUUCCUUAGAGAACGAUGAUGAUGUAGUAGUGUGUCCUUACAAUCCAGCGCAUCGGCUGUUACGGAAACGGUUGCAACCUCAUCUCAUCAAGUGUCGUGAGAAUUAUCCACAACUUGAGCUUCAAAGGUGUCCAUUUAAUAAUACUCAUCACAUACCUGAACCAGAGUUCUGUCUUCAUGUUACAAACUGUCCGGAUCGAAAACUCAUAACACAAUAUAAAUACGACGCCCCAGAACCAAAGGAAGAAGAACGUGUUUCUCAUGCACCGAUUGAAUGCGAAGAAAAUUGGGAUGAUACAGAAGUUGAUGAUUACGAUCCUCAGAAAUUCAUAAAGGAGAAAGAGGUUCUGCGUCAACCCAUGGGAAUUGCUCCAGCAGAACGAAAAGAGUUUAUUAAAACAGAACGUAAACGUUUGGGCGAUGAAGAGAGUUAUAGUGAAAGUGACGAUGAUUAUAAAGACGAGGUGAGAAAAGGAAAUUCAUUAGCUGAUAUUUCUAAAAAAGAUGAGAACGGAAAACUAGGUUCAAUUAAGCGGAUACGCUCCAUUUCGCCGUCACCUCCGCGUCAGAGUCGAAGUCGUUCUUCAUACUACGAACGUACUCAUGUACGUGGUGGGCAUAUACCACCUACUCAAAUACCACCGCGAAUUUCUUUUGCAUCUAGUAGCAACCGAUAUUCCAACGACCAUAUUCAGCCAUUGCCAACACCAUAUGACAUUGAUGACGAUCCUUAUUAUAAUAGCGGCAAUGGUGCCUCUUUUCAGAUAGGCAAUUACAGCAGUAGUAAUAGCAGCCACAAUCCUCCUUUUAUCGCUUAUCCUACUCGCAUGCCAUAUUUUAAUAACGACAAUGGUGCCUCUCAUCAGAUAAGCAAUUACAACAGUAGUAACAGCCACAAUCCUCCUCUUAUCGCUUAUCCUACUCGCAUGCCAUCUUAUGGGCGUGGUGCUUACCGUGGGUACAAUAAUGAUCGCGGAAAUUCGUCACGUUAUAAUGACCGUUAUUAAAUUUAUACCUGUAUAUAGUUUAAUUCGCGCAGACUGACAAGUAUUUACUAUAGAAUAUUUUAAAUUUUUUUCUUUAAAAAAUACUGUCAGAUACCACAAUAAUUCUACGCUUCUAUAAUUACCUUACGAUUAUGCACAUUUUGAUAUACAUUUUCUGGUAAUGUUAAUUUUUAACUGCAGCAAACAUGUUUAAUAAAUUUUAUUAGGAGCAUAUCGUCACCUGAAAUGCAAA